AUGCCGUCGGUAGACAAGGACAUAGCCAUGCCAGAAGAGCAGGAUCUCUCUGAACGACCAACUCGCGAGUCCAGUGUUCUCCCCAAUAAUGAUAUUGCAGUUGAUACCAACGAGGGUGAUAGUGCAUGUGGGAGUGGUGAUGACAACACAACUGUUGAAGAACAAAUCGUGAAUAAUGUUAUAAUUGUGCGGGAAGAGAAGCUUACCACUGAUGUCGAAUUCGUCCCGGUCGGUUCUGACUUGAGUUCUUCUUCGUCUGACCUGGAGGCCGCAGAGAAGACGGCAGACCAAGAUGAUCGACAACGCCGUGACCCCAAUGAGGUCGAUUGGGAUGGACCGGAUGAUCCCAAGUAUCCUAUGAAUUGGCCACGAUGGCGAAAAUCAUGGAUAAUCGUUAUCCUAAGUGUACUGCGACUACUCAUCCCCUUUGCCUCAUCGAUGAUGGCUCCAGCAAUUUUGAACAUCCAUGAUGAAUUCCACUCGAAUAGCAUUACACUUGACACCCUCAGCAUCUCUAUUUUUAUGCUUGGCGUAGGAGCAGGCCCGUUGCUCUUUGCGCCUCUUUCCGAGCUCUAUGGACGAAACCUCAUCUACCAUUUGAGUAACUUUUUCUUCUCUAUUUCUAGUGUUGGCUGCGCCAGGGCACCCAGUUUAAAAUCCCUCAUUGGUUUUCGCCUGAUAGCAGGCAUCGCCGGAUCCGCAGUGAUCUCUAAUGGUGGUGGGACAAUCGCUGAUAUUGUUCCCAAAGAAAGCAGAGGUCUUAUUACUACCCUAAUGGUGUUAGGCCAACUGAUUGGUCCUGUUAUAGGGCCUACAGUAGGUGGAUACGUGUCGCAAGGCGUGGGGUGGAGGUGGAUCUUCUGGCUGCUCACAAUUGUUUCCGGAGCAUUUACAUGCCUUGGCUUCAUCUUUUUGCGUGAGACCCAUCCUCCGACUCUUCUCAAAUGGAAAGCGGCAAGAUUACGAAAGGAAACAGGCAACAAGCUGCUUUACCACAAGGGCAAAUCGUCAGUUCCCCAGAAGCAGCUUUUCAUGGAAGCUUGCCAGCGACCUCUGAGAAUGCUUUUUACGAAUCCCGUAAUCUUCAUGGUGUCUAUCUACAUUGCCCUUGUUCUUGGAUAUGCAUACAUCUUAUUCACCUCAUUCGCUUUUGUUUUUCAACAGCAGUACGGCUUUGGAGAGGGAACUACAGGGUUGUUGUAUUUCGGGAUCGGUAUUGGCAUGCUAGUUGCGCUUGUUUGGAUGAGUCGAUACAGUGAUCGGAUUUUCGCCCAGAAAGAGCGGCAGAUGGGCAGAUCGAAAGCAGAGUUCCGCCUGAUACCCCUGCUAUAUGGAACAUUUUUCAUUCCCGUAGGCUUCAUUAUAUACGGCUGGGCCAUUCAAUUUCAUGUUUAUUGGGUUGUUCCCAUUUUCGGGACCAUGUUGAUGGGAGUGGGAACUGUCUUAGCUUUGGUUGUGACACAAACAUAUCUUAUAGACGCUUUCACCGUCCAUGCAGCGAGCGCCAACGCAGCGAACUCUCCCAUUAGAUGUCUAGCUGCUGCUCUCUUACCAUUGAGUGGAACUUCGCUUUACGAUGCGCUGACAUUUGGCUGGGGCAAUACAAUGCUUGCACUUAUAGCGCUGAUAUUCAGUGUUCUACCAUGGAUAACAUAUCGAUACGGUGAACAACUUCGAGCAAGAUACACCGCUGAUACAAAGUAA